ACUCGUUUGUCUCUAAGUUGAGUCUAAAGUGGCAUUCAUUAAUAUUGUAUUUUUUAAAAACUUGUCAAAUGGGCAAUGCAUAGAAAAACAAACAUAAAUCAUCAUAACGAAAAAUUGUCGCCAGUCUCAUUAAUGGAACACUUUUGCAGAGCACUACAUCCGGACUUAGAUCUGAGCUCAACGUGUGUCAGCUGGUUUCGUCAAGCCACUGAACACUGUACCGAUUUGAUUUUGCAAAAGAAGCGCGGUACAGCUUUCUGGACGACACUUAAAAAUUUCAUCUUUCCCAAUCUUCAAACAUCAUUACUUAACCAAAAGAUUCCAAUCAGCAUACAUCCGAAUCGGUUAUCGGUAAGCGAUUGCCAUGCGCUCUUCUUGGACAUCGUUAACGAUUAUGUGGCGCGAGCCCCCCGCUAUGCCACCGAAGCAGCCACUAAUGCUUUACUCUGGCAAAUACUCUAUUCGUUGAUGGGUAUUAUGGCAUUAGGCACCUUAUUGGUCACUACAAUAUUCGCCUAUCGUAGAUAUGAACAAUCACUGGAGAAAUCGCUUGAUCCACUCGCAGCGGCCUUUGUGCCCGAGAAGCGUGCUGCCGCCUUUAUGAAUCGUAAUAUGCGUGUGCUCAAGUAUGAGCUUCAACGGUUGCAUGUGCAACAUAUCAUACAACCCGAGGAGUUGAUUUCACCUGAUGGCACUACGACACUUGUCAUGAAAGUUUCAUCAAAGCUGAAUUUCAUAGACGGCCUUGUGAGCAGCACGGGACACUGUACCGGACGGUUGUAUCGUCUGCAAGAGUUAAACUCCAAAAUGAAACCUGAAUAUAAAACUGAGACAAUAGCGAAGAUGAUGCGUUUCACCAACAACUAUUCGCGCAAACUACAUUUGAUGGUGAUAUUUGAAGAAGAUCCUGUCUAUGAAGAACUGCUACGGCGACGCCGACCAAGUCCGACAAAAACUGCACCACCACUGGCGUUACCAGUUAUAGCCAAGAAGAAAAGCUAUAGUAGGCUAUCAAUGCGUCGCAGUGUCUCACGCUCCAGCAGUCCGCCCAAAAUGAAAGCGCCCAGCCCACGGCAACCAACGCAAAUACCGCGUAACCUUACCCGACUUGCCUCAAGUGUGCUAAUGAAGAAGUAGCGGUAAAAACAUGUGGGUAGCUGGCGAACAGUUUCCACGCGAGUGUGUACAUAUGUGUGUGUGUAUGGUAUGCUGGUUUGCGAGUGACUAGUGUUUACGUAUUGUGUGUAUGUCUAUAGUCAGAGAAAAUGUGGUGAGGCUGCAGACAGUAAAAGAUCAAGUUAAUGAGUUUUUACGCAAUUAUUUAUUGCCUGAUUGCUGUACUUACAAGAAAUCUAAAAUCUUUUGUAAUCACUCACAUUUUAGCAAAUAUUCGUAAAUAUUCAAAAUACAUAAAUUGCUUAGCUACUACAUACAACGAAAUAUA